GCUGCAGGACCUUUGGUGGCGCUCUGGUGGACAGUGGGUCAGGACGGAGUGCUCCCAACCUCCUUAAACCCCCGCCCAUGCUCCCUCACGGGAAAUCAGAGCAGGCUGGCGAGACGCCGCUGCAGCGUCCGAAGGAGACACCGCCGCGCCGAACGCCACCCUCGCCCAGGGUUCCGCGGAGCGCGCAGCGGAGGCAGGAGGAUGGUUCGGCGCGGGCUGAGCUGGAAGGGCUUCCCUGCCUGUCCGGCCGCCUUCGCCUCGCUGCCUCCCCCGCUGCGUAACGUUGUGUUCGGGGUGGCGGCGGCGAGGCCGAGCGGGGGAUGCGCUUACAUAAGCGCCCGCCGCGUCCUGCUGCCUCUCGCUCUCGGGAGCCGCGGGCGGGGCCGCGAUGCCGCCGGGAGCAGCGGCGCCGAGGGGACCCGGCCGGCCCGGCAGGCGGAGGAGGGCGCCGCCCGCGGCGGAGGUGAAGGCAGGCCUGCCACUCCUCCUGCCAUGAUGCCUGGGCAGAUCCCGGACCCUUCAGUGACCGCAGGCUCUCUGCCAGGGCUCGGCCCCCUCACUGCACUUCCCAGCUCUGCUCUGACCACAGAGGAGCUGAAAUACGCUGACAUCCGCAACAUUGGGGCCAUGAUUGCACCCUUGCACUUCCUGGAGGUGAAACUGGGCAAGAGGCCCCAACCCGUGAAGAGUGAGCUAGACGAGGAAGAAGAGCGGAGGAAAAGGCGCCGGGAGAAGAACAAAGUCGCUGCUGCCAGAUGCCGGAACAAGAAGAAGGAGCGCACGGAGUUUCUGCAGAGGGAGUCGGAGCGGCUAGAGCUCAUGAACGCAGAGCUGAAGACCCAGAUAGAGGAGCUCAAGCUGGAGCGGCAACAGCUGAUCCUGAUGCUCAACCGGCACCGCCCCACCUGCAUUGUGCGCACGGACAGCGUCAGGACGCCCGAGUCUGAGGGCAACCCGCUGCUGGAGCAGCUGGACAAGAAGUGACUGAAGGCCUGGAGGAGGCGGAAGAGGAGGAGGAGGAGGAGGAGGAGCAGCGGAAGUCAGGAGAGGAGCGAGGUGACCAAGGGGCCCUCCCGGGCGCAUGACAAACUCUAGGACUAGGCUUAGCAUAACUGGCCUCCAGCCGGCUCUUUUAUUUGAAAAUCAGCCCAGCCACGCGCAAGAGCAAGAGCGGACUGAAGAAACCCAGAGGGACCAAGCGCUGAGACCAAAGUUGACCUGCAGGUAGGGGCUGGCCCACUGUAGGGCCCAGCUGGAAGGGCACCUGAGCGAGAGAAAUGCCCACGCAGGUAGCCUCCUCUGGCCCCUCCGCCACGACUCCCACCCAAGGAACCCUUACCAAGCAGCCAAGAAAAGCCACGUAUUGCAAACAGUCUGGCCGAGGAUGGAACUCAGCGCGGACUGCGAUCCACCUUCCCCAGCCCUGCCCAAGCCCGGUGGAAAGGGGUGAACUGUGGGGCUGUGAUGGCCCUGCCCCGGGUGGCGCAGCCUGGCGGCCCUGCUGGAAUUUUGCUUCGGCUCUGAGGCGCGGGCGCCCUUCCAAAGCACACACUCAAUCAAUGAAUGUUUACAGACUGGCUGUCCUGGCAGGGCUUCCAACUGCACACUUUUUUUUUUUGUACGUUCUGUUUUUUUUUUUUUUUUUUAAUAUUUUUUACAAAAAAAAAAAGAUUUUAUACGAGCAAUAUAUAUAUAUGGAUUUCUAUAAUCACUCGAUGUGACACAGUACAGAUAUGCUAUGGUCUGUUGUUCCGGACAUCCACCCAGCAGUUAUGGGCCGUUGUAAUUCCUAAGUACUGUAGGCUCUGGGUGUUGGGGGGGGUGGCCAGGCUGGUGGGGUACAUUUCCAUCCUUGUUAAACCCUUCCUAAGUACUCAGUCCUGUAUCGCUCAGUAAACAUUGCUCUUAAUU